GCGAAGCACUUGACACCUGUGACUCAGAAUUUCAUUCACGAACAAUCUGGAGCAAGAGAAAGAAGAAAGAGGGUUAGGGUAAGAGAUGGCCACUUCCGCCUCCAUGGAUGCCGUCGCAGCCGCAAAUCUUCAGUUUGUGCUGCAGCGCGUCCAGCAGGCCGCAGAACGGUCCGGCCGUGCGCCCCAGUCCGUCCGAGUCGUGGCCGUGAGCAAGACCAAGCCCGUCUCUCUCCUCCGUCAGGUUUACGACACUGGUCACCGUUGCUUCGGCGAGAAUUACGUCCAAGAAAUUGUCGAAAAAGCUCCUCAGCUUCCGGACGAUAUUGAGUGGCACUUUAUUGGAAAUUUGCAGAGCAAUAAAGUCAAAUUGCUUCUAAAUGGUGUACCAAACCUUGCAAUGGUGGAGAGUGUGGAUGACGAGAAGAUUGCAAAUCAACUUGAUCGUUUUGUUGCAAGUCUUGGGAGAAAACCUUUGAAGGUUUUGGUCCAAGUUAAUACCAGCGGAGAAGUGUCAAAAUCUGGUGUAGAGCCCUCUGAAUGUGUGGAGCUUGCAAAGCAUGUAAGUUUGAGAUGUCCAAAUCUUGAGUUUUCUGGCCUAAUGACGAUUGGUAUGCUGGACUACACGUCAACCCCAGAAAAUUUCAAGGCAUUAGCAAACUGCAGAACUGAGGUUUGUAAGGCACUCGGAAUCACUGAAGAGCAAUGUGAACUAUCAAUGGGCAUGUCUGGAGACUUUGAGUUAGCUAUUGAAAUGGGAAGCACUAAUAUGAGAAUCGGAUCUACAAUAUUUGGAGCAAGGGAAUAUCCGAAGAAACAUUCCUAGAUACUGUUCUAUGAACUUGUAGUUUUAUUAAAAUAUUUAUUUUUGAUGACUCUCCAAUGGAGUGUUGAUGGUUUCAGUUGUAUGUGAAGUGAAAGCUUGAUUGAAUUUAUUUUAUCAACUUAAAUCAAUAUAGGUUUAUGCUUUUUUUA